UUCUUCAUUGUUUGACUUUGAAAGUACAAAGACGUUUGAGACCCAACACUCCAAGGAAACACUUCGAAGAGAUUUUACGCCUUCUCUUCUUCUUCCUUGACACAGCACCUUCUCUACCAAACCGACACGUCACACGACGAGAACAACUUCCAUCUUCUUCGAAUUCUUGGGUUAUUUUUUGGAUAAAGAAAUCUCAAUUGUUGUGGUUCAGAAUGAGCUUCCAAGAUCUUGAGGCUGGGAGGCUCCGACCACCGCAGCAGCAGCGACUACAACGACAACAGCAAGACCCUUCUCAGGCUGUGGCUUCUGGGAUUUUUCAAGUCAACACGGCCGUGUAUUCCUUCUCUCGCCUUGUCAAUUCAUUAGGCACUCCCAAGGACACGCUCCAACUCCGUGACAAGCUGCACAAGUCAAGGUUACACAUUGGGCAGUUGGUGAAAGAUACUUCAGCUAAACUUAAGGAGGCUAGUGAAACUGAUCAUCAUUUGCAAGUUAGUGCUGCCAAGAAGAUCGCUGAUGCUAAGCAUGCAAAAGAUUUCCAGGCAGUUCUUAGGGAGUUUCAGAAGGCUCAAAAGCUUGCAGCUGAGAGGGAAACAACGUAUGCUCCUUUUGUUCCCAAAGAAGUUCUUCCAUCCAGUUAUGAUGCCCAUGCGCUGGAGAUAAGUUCAUCUAGGACUCCUGAACAGCAAACUCUUCUUCUGGAAUCCAAAAGACAAGAGAUCACACUGUUGGAUGAGAUUGUAUUCAAUGAAGCCAUUAUUGAGGAAAGAGAGCAGGGGAUCCAAGAAAUUCAGCAACAAAUAAUUGAGGUAAAUGAGAUUUUUAAGGAUCUUGCUGUGCUGGUUCAUGGUCAAGGUGCAAUGAUUGAUGACAUUAGUUCUAACAUUGAAAGCUCCCAUGCUGCAACUACACAAGCUACUUCACAACUUGGGAAAGCAUCCAAGGCCCAAAAAUCUGGUUCAUCUCUGAUGUGUUUGCUGUUGUUGAUCUUUGGAAUUGUUCUGCUCAUUGUCAUCAUAGUCAUUGUUGCUUGAGUAACAAAUCAAUUGGUCUCAAUUCGAGUUCAACUUUUCAGGCUUGGCCUCCUAGUGGUGUUCCUUAGCAAGUGGUCCUGCCCAACUUGUGCUGCUCUUAUCAACUCUAAUUACACAGCAUAUGAGAGAUAGUUGACACCUUCUCAAUAUGGUAAAGAAGAUCUAUAAUGUACAGUCCAAGUAUUGUGAAGCAUGUAAUGUAAAUGAUUAACCCUGUUAUUACUAAUAAAGUUGGAAUUCUUCCA